UGUCAAUGCCCAUUAGCGCAGAAUCAUAGUGAAGAAUUGAAGACAUUUAUAAUCUGAAAUCAUUCUAUAUAUAUAUACAUUCAACAUGGUUAAUACUGAUUUUGAGAAGAUAUUUCUUAAUCAAUCUAAAGGUAGUGGGCGUAUGCGUAUAGCUGACUCUGGUUUAGGAUGGAAAUCUAACGCACCAUCGGCCACUAAUAAUGAACCAUUUUUAUUACCAAGUGAAGAAAUAGUAGCAACUCAAUGGUCCAGAGGUUCAAGAGGGUAUGAAUUACGUGUACAAACAAAAAAUAAGGGUGUAGUAAUGUUGGAUGGUUUUGAUGUUGAAGAUUUUAAUCAAUUAAAGCAAGAAUUACAAAGAAAUUUCCAUUUAUCAUUAGAUCAUCGAGAACAUUCUUUAAGAGGUUGGAAUUGGGGUAAAAAUGAUUUAGCUAGAAAUGAGUAUAUUUUCAAUGUUAAUAAUAAACCAGCUUUUGAAAUUCCUUAUAGUUCUAUUAGUAAUUCUAAUUUAACUGGUAAAAAUGAAGUAGCAAUUGAAUUUGAUUUAGAUAAUUCUGGUCCAGGAGAUGAAUUAGUAGAAAUGAGAUUUUAUGUUCCAGGUACAAUUGAAAAUGAAGAAAAGAAAGAAAAGAAUGGUGUAAAAGUGAAAGAAGCUAAUGGUGAAGAAGGUGUUAAAAAGGAAGAGAAUGGUGAAGGAGUUGAAGAUAAUGAAGAAGAAGAAGAAGAAGAUAAUGGUGAAGAAGAAAAGAGUGCUGCUUCAGUAUUUUAUGAACAAUUAAGAGAUAAAGCUGAUAUUGGACAAGUUGCUGGUGAAGCUAUUGUUUCAUUCAGUGAAGUCUUAUUCUUAACUCCAAGAGGUCGUUAUGAUAUUGAUAUGUAUCCAUCAUCAUUAAGAUUACGUGGUAAAACUUAUGAUUAUAAGAUUCAAUAUAAACAAAUAGAAAGAAUUUUUUCAUUACCAAAACCAGAUGAAUCACAUCAUUUAGUUAUAUUACAAAUAGAUCCACCUUUAAGACAAGGUCAAACGAGAUAUCCAUUUUUAGUAUUACAAUUCUUAAAGGAAGAAGAAACAGAAGUUGAAUUAAAUAUUAGUGAACAAGAUUAUAAUGACAAAUAUAAAGAUAGAUUACAUAAGACAUAUGAUUCAUUAACUCAUUCAGUUAUGUCCCAUUGUUUACGAGGAUUAACUGAAAGAAGAUUAAUAAUGCCAGGAUCUUUUAAGAGUAGUAUUGGUCAACCAGGUAUAACAUGUUCUUUAAAGGCAUCUGAAGGUUAUUUAUAUCCAUUAGACAGAUGUUUUGUAUUUGUUACUAAACCAACUAUUUAUAUUCCAUUUUCAGAAAUUAGUAAUAUCACCAUGUCAAGAACAGGUGGUGGUGUAACUGCAUCAAAAACAUUUGAUUUGGAAAUUCAUGUUAGAGGAUCAGGUCAACCACAUAUUUUUGGUAGUAUUGAUCGUGCUGAACAAGAAACAAUUGAAAGAUUUUCUGCUGAAAAGGGUAUCCGAAUUAAAAAUGAAGAAAAAAUCGCUAAAGCUAGAUUGGCUAAAGCCAUUAAUGAGGCUGCCAAUGAUGAUGAUGACGAUGAUGAUGUAGAUAUGGGAAGUGCUGGAGAAGAAGAAAGUGCAGAUGAUGAUUUCCAUUCUGGUUCCGAUUCCGAUGUAGCCGAAGAAUUUGAUUCUGAUGCUUCUGCUAGUGAUUCUGAAGAGGAUGAAGAAGCUAAUGGAGAUGAUAGACCACCAAAGAAGAAAUCUAAGAAUUAAGAGUUUUAAAAAUUAGCUUACUAUUUCAAUAAUAGUGAAACUAGGUUAAUGUAGUAGUAUUAGUAGUAUUAGUAAUAAAGAUUUUACAUAAACAAGUUGUGAAACUUGUAGCUAUCAACUGCUCGGCAAGUUCUACUUGAUUAUACAUCACAUCCGUGCGGUGACGAGCAGCAUUAGACAUAUUUUUCUGAUUUAUAGCUUGAAGGUAAAUCUCCCUAAAGUAUAGGCGCUAAUUAUUACAUUACCGGAUUGGGACAAUCCAGCCUCUUUUGGGAACGCACCUCCCUAAAAAAUAAAAUUAAAACCGUAAUUAAUGUCACAAGUUGCAGCAAACUGCGGGCAAAAAAAGGCUAUAAAUGGCUAGAU